AUGUCUUCAUCUCGAGCACUCAACGCGAUCCUUCCGCAGAUUGAGAAAUCACCCUAUGAGGCUCACCAAAAGGCUCGAACGUUCGCCUCUCGUUAUGUUAAAUCGUCCCAAUACGACGUCGCCAUCGAUGUUCUCUUCCAAAGCUCGAGAGAACUGCUGAAAACGGGCCAGCCAGGAAGUGGGAUUGAUCUUGCUGGAUUCUUGCUGGAAGUGUAUGAUACGAAGGGGGAAAAUGUUACCGAAGAAAGUAGAGGAAGAUUGACACAGCUUAUUGCUCUGACGGGCUCUGAAGGCGCAUGGCGGAAGACGCUGAUAGACAAAUCUCUAGCUUGGUCGGCAAAACAUGGGCCUUGUCCUGCUGGUGAUCAAGCAUUGCAUCACUACAUAGGAGAGCUAUUAUACAAAGAGGGCUCCUUCGACACCGCCGAGCGGCAUUUCCUUGCCUCUGGGUCGCGAGAUAGCGCAAGAUUACUAGCAGAGAUGUUCAUCCAGUGGGCUACACCAACUAACACAUUUGGGCUGUUUGCAUUACGUGGAACAAUACCGUAUCUGCAAAAUGGCAAUAUACUUGCAGCACGAACGUUUAUCAAACAUUAUGUCUCCGCUUCUGUUCUCCCUCGCUCGACUGUCGGGUCCACUCUUCCUGUUGGAACUUCCGGGGACGAAAUCAUCGUCGCCCAGGAUACGUUCAUCAACUUUGCUCAACUGGCAGUGGUGACGUGUCAGCGUGCCAACGGAGAGCGAAACAAGGUCAUGCGAGAGAGCUGGGUUCGCCUUUGUGGCACAUACCAGAGCCGAGGAGGGGUUCUUGCACAGCCGGAGGUGAGGAGGGCUUUACAAGAUAUCGCGACACUUUACUUUGCGAUUCCGCCUCCUAGAAGUCAAGCAGGAAACCCGUUGGGAGAUAUGAUGUCCUCGUUGUUUGGUGGAGCUCCCUCAGCUCAGCCAGUGAGGCGUGUUCUGACACCUGCAACUGCAGCGACUGGGUUAGAUUGA